AUGGCUACGAAUUUGGGCAUUUUGACCCAAGCCGAUCUGAACGAGGCUAUGAAAUUAGAGAAGCGAAAACAAUAUGAGGAUCAACGUAAGAAACGCAUCUUUAAUGCGAAGCAAAGACUUUACGGGCUCGAUUUGGAUGCGUUGGAAAAACAAAUCGCAGAAAAGUCGAAACAACGGCAAUUUGAGGCCGAAUGUACGCGACGCUAUGAGCAACAGACACAAAUGAUGCAAGAUACGGUAAAAGCUAAGGAGCUGGAACUGGAGAAACGUAAACACAUCAUGGAGAGUGAUUUGAAUUAUUAUCGAUGCCGAUAUCAACGAAAAGAGCAAAGCCGAGAGUUUGAUUUAAAUGAUCCGGAUUGGAAUAAGAAGUCGCAACCGAUACGUACAGCCGACGACGACUUUAAUUUAGGGAUUUCAAGUGCUCAAGUUUUUUCGGGCGAAGAUUUGGGUUUCAAAGAGCGGAAACAGAGGCAGCGUGAACAGCAGCGCGCCUGGUUAGAUCAGCAAGUUAUGGAGAGAAAGCACGCCGAAGAAAGUCGCGUAAAGGCCGAUAGGAUAUUUGAAGAAUCUUUGCAUUCGCGUGAUAAACGUCUGGAAGAUAUGGCCAAUUCGGAACGUCGUGUACGCCAUGAAAUUGUAGACUCAAUACGUCGUUACAAUAGCGAAAUGGCCAAACGUAAAACUGAAGAACGUGCCCGUAAGAAAAAUGAGACGACUGAGGACGACAUGGCUGAAAUCUACAACAUGUUAACUAGUGACAUGCUUACCGAAAAUCCAGACGUAGCACAAUCAAAAAUAAAUCCUAACAAAAAAAUCGCUUUCAUGUUUCGCGGCAUGACUCCGGAAGAAUUAGCUCAAUUCCAUAAACAGCAACAUCAGCAAUUGCUUGAAGGUAAAAAACGAAGAACUGAAGAACAAAUGAUGGACAAGCAAUGGGAACAGCACGCUUUGAAUAUCGAUCGUCAGCUAAUGCUGAAACAUUUGGAAAUGGAGCAUAAGAAACAAGCGGAAUUGCAGAGACUUUUCGAAUUCAACGGCAAGCUAGCCAAAGAGCAAAAGAUGCAAAGAGAAUACAAUAACAAAGUAAUGAACAUCAAUCGUGUGUCAAAGGAGUUCUAUGAGCAGUUUAAUAAAACUACGCGUUAA